UCCACAAGCUCUGAAUCACACAUCGAGUGAAGAAUGGAGUGGGAGCACUUGACGUCAGUUGGAGAAUCAUCCACAGGACCAAUAGGAUAGUAACAGGCAAGAGUCAAUGCCAGCGAAUUGCCAAUAUCAUUAGCGGUGUGUCAGCCAAGUCUUAACGUCUCCUGUGAGAAAUAGAAUCAGAAAAGAGUUGUUACAAUAACGGGAAAAUAAAACAGAGGGUUUAUAUUAUACAUCGGUGCCGGCGGUUACCGGUUAUAGUCUUCACCCGCGCGCCCAAUGUCUCCAUCUUCCCUGUGAACAGCUGUCAAGGAAUGCGUAUGGGCAGACCUCAACAAGCCAUCUCAACAUCACUUGACUGAGGCAUAGUGACACGCACGGAUGCACUGUGAUGAUUCACUCUCUGCGGCAGCUAUGAGUAACCAAUUUCCAAACACCUCUACCCCAAUCUGGAGUGUUCAAGAAGCAGGGAAUUCCACGCCACCUACAACAUUUGAGCUGGAGCCGGUGCCUGUCAGCGUGAAUCCCUGGGAUAUAGUAUUGUGUGUCACAGGGACCCUAAUGUCCUGUGAAAAUGCAAUCGUGAUUGCCUUAAUUAUUUACACGCCCACCCUGAAAGCGCCCAUGUUCGUGUUGAUAGGGAGCUUGGCUUUUGCGGACCUACUGGCAGGGCUUGGUUUGAUAGUGAAUUUCACCAUCACCUACAUAUUUGAUACGGGAUUCGCGACGCUGCUAUCAGCUGGACUGCUCAUCACUGCCUUUUCGGCCUCCGUUCUCAAUAUCCUGGCAAUCACUGUGGAUAGAUACCUGUCCCUCUACAACGCACUGACUUACCACACGGAAAGAACAGUGAUUUUUACCAUCGUCACACUGGUGCUCAUUUGGGUGACAAGCAUCACUCUGGGCGCGUUACCGAUCAUGGGUUGGAACUGCCUUAAGGAUGAGACUACUUGCAGUAUUUGCGCUCCCAUUGAUAAAAAUCACGCUGCAGCGCUGGCUGUGACUCUUCUUUUUGUAUUCGCACUCAUUUUGCAACUAUACCUCCAGAUUUGCAAGAUUGCUUUUCGUCACGCGCAGCAAAUCGCGGUGCAGCACCAGUUCAUGACUACCUCCCACUCCUCCUCCACCACUAAAGGGGUCUCCACCCUCUCCAUUAUCCUUGGCACAUUUGCAUUGUGCUGGAUCCCCUUCGCCAUGUACUCUCUGGUGGCGGACAUCAGAUACCCCCCCAUCUAUACCUACGUCACCGCUCUCCCAGCCAUUUGUCACUCAAUGAUAAACCCCAUCAUUUAUGCUUUCAGAAAUCCAGAGAUACAGAAAUCUAUGAGACUGGCUUGUUGUUGUGGAUGUGCAUCUUCCAACUUCCCUCUGCGACCAAGGACGCCAAGUGUUGUCUAGACAACUGUUGUAUGUUAGCCUAUAGCCUCUAAUCAAGUAGUUACAAACACAUCACAAUCUUAAUGACUAAUCCGAAAAGAUUUGUGGGUGUUUUGUUUUGCAUUUCGUGUGUAUUGACUAACUACUGUACGCCUGACGUCCUCUUGUAUAUUUUACUGAGCAUAGCAUUAGGAUGUCUGCUCUCAAAAUAAACCCGUUCAAUUUCUCUAAAGGAAGUGUAUUGUCCCAGAGCUACCAGUGCAGUAUUGAUGCGUUUAUAUGGAGGUAGUAGCCUUCACUGUACGAGCGAGGCCUCAUAUAAAGGCCUCAUAUAACAACCUUUAGAUUAUAAUUGAUGCAUCUGUACAUGUCAUGUGCAAUGACUCGGUGUUGCUCAUAAAGCAUUCAAAGUCGCCCCUAACACAUUAGGCAAAUACGUGUUCUGUGUCAGUACAAUACAAUAGGGCGAAGGAAACUACUCCUAAUGUCCCCGUAUUGAUUUAAUUCAUUGGGAAUAAUGUUUAUCAAAGGUUGUUGAAUGUUCAUCAGAAGGAUGUCGAAACUUGGUACUGAUUUACCGCGUCUCUACACCUUCAAAAUGUUUAAACUGUCCCUUCAGUCUGUCAUAUAGUGGGGCAAGUAAAAGUGAGCCAAUUUGUGAUUUCGCAUGGUUUAUUGCAAGGGGGAAAUGCUGGAAUGAGUGGACUAUGUAGCUCAACGUUAUCCGCAAAGCCGUUUCAGCACCAUGGACUACGAAACGUGAGCCAUCGCCCACUCGAUAACGGACGCAUAUGCCUGGUAAUGCGAGCUAUGUAGCUAGUACUGUAGGAGUGGAGAAUAAGCCUGAUUUGUGUGCUUUUUAAAUUCAAGACAAAAGCAGCAAAAUAGUGUCAGCCAAGGUUUUCCAAAUGAACGCACCCAGACAGUAUCAUAUAUUCCCUGUGUGACGGGCCACUCUAAAUGUUUCAAGGGGGAAACCCUUUGCAUUCGUCAUGCGCAACACUAAUGGAUUACAAUUACAAUAGACUACGUGCAAUAUCUGUAUGCCUAUAGCCUACCUAGACCCUCGGUAGACCUUACACAUCGACAUCUGAUUGACUUCUGAUGUCAUAACAUAUUUUUGUUGCUUGCCCAAUAAAAACAAAUGUUUCUACAUAGUGCCAAAAA